AUGGAGGUUAAAGACAGCCAUGGAAACACAGCUUUACAUGUCUCUGCUUACAAAGGUCAUUUAGAUGCAGUGAAGGCUCUUAUAAACGAAUCUCCACCGUUGAUUUCCAUCGUUAACGGAGAUGGUGACACGUUUCUUCACACGGUCGUGUCUGGUUUUGCUGCGUCUGGGUUUAAGCGGUUAGACCGGCAAAUGGAGCUUUUGAAGAAGUUAAUCUCAUGUUAUGUCGUUGACUUAUCUGUGAUUGUCAACGUUAGAAACGGUAACGGAAGAACUGUGAUUCAUUUAGCAGUGAUGGAUAAUCUUAACACCGUUAGAUCUGACGUCGUUGAGAUUCUGUUGAGAAUCCCUGGCGUUGAUCUUAACGUCGUUGAUUCAUAUGGAAUGACUGCCGUCGAUUUACUUGAACGCCAAACGCCGGUUUCUGAAUUAUUGAUCAAACGGCUUAAAUCCGCCGGUGGGAGAUCAAACUGCGGCGAAAACGUUUUGCGGUGUAGAGAAGAGCGGUACGGAUUCUGCGGUAGUCCUGGUACUUCGUUUGAAAUAUCUGAUUCUGAGAUUUUUCUAUUCACCGCGGCGAGAUCGGAUCAAACCGCAGUGAACGCUGAAUUAAGUCCAGAUAGAGAGAGUUUAGACGGAAUCAGUGAGUGUUCAACCGAAAUGUCGACGCACUCCAAACGCAAACGCGGCGGUACAGGAGGGCGUCUUAAGCUACUAUUACGAUGGGCAAAGAGAGAAGAAUCAGAGGAACAUCGCCGUCUCUCCGGAGACAACCAAAAUCGUCGUGUUCCUCUCAGAGAGAUGUAUUCGAGAUCGCGAUCGCCAUCUUGUAACAUAGGAAGAGCGUUUCCGAUGAGAACAGAAAGUGGCGAUCUCCCGAGUUUAUCGGUGAGAUUGAAAUUCACAGAAGGUUUAAUGAGAGGUGUCGUGGUUCAGGAAUCUCCGAGGUUCGUGUUUUCGCCACCGGCGGUUUCCGAUUACUCACGAGCUCCAUCGUCGGCUUGUUCUUCGCCGUUUCAGACAGUUUCUUCGGAGUUAGAGAGAAGAAGAAGAACACCUGCGAUGAAGAAACAUGGGUCUUUUAUGAAUAGGUACUUGUGUUUCAGUGGUCGAGGAUUAGCCAUUGAUGGUUCUUCCGAGAAGACUAAUGGCUCUGCUCAUCGUCUUCGUCACCGAAGUUUCAAACGAGUGAUGUCUUUGGUUUCUUCUUGA